GUUCCGGCGGCUGAGGAUGGCGGAGCUGCCGGGCGAGAUGCGGGAGCGGCUGGGCCUGUGGGAGCGGCAGCUGGCGCCUCUCAGCGAGCGGCAGGGCGACUCCGUGGGGGAGCUGCGCCAGGCCUUCCUCUGCCCGCCCGCGCCGCCCGAGCUCCCCAUUGAAGAUUUGAGCAGCUUGGGACAGCCGUCCCUGACUGUAACACUGGCAGCCACAGUGCCGGAAUCCACAGAAGACAUCCUUGUGAAAGGCUUCUCCGCUUUGGGAAUGGAAAAUGAAAGAAUUGAAACAGCACAGCAGUUUUUCUCUUGGUUUGCUCAGCUCCAGACCCAGAUGGAUAAAGAUGAAGGAGCCAAGUACAGACAGAUGAGGGCUUAUUUGUUGGGAUUUGAAGAGCAGUGUGAUGCCAUCUUGAGUGACGUGAACAGCGCUCUUGAGCACUUGGCGUUGUUGCAAAAGCAAUACCUCUUUGUGUCGACCAAAACAGGGACGCUACACGAGGCCUGUGAACAGCUGCUGAAGGAGCAGUCAGAACUCGUGGAAUUGGCAGAAAAUAUCCAACAGAAACUGUCAUAUUUUAAUGAACUGGAGAAUAUCAACACAAAACUGAAUUCCCCAACGUUAUCUGUUAACAGCGAAGGCUUUAUCCCUAUGCUGGCUAAACUUGAUGAUUGUAUUACGUACAUUUCCUCACAUCCAAACUUUAGAGAUUAUCCUGUAUAUUUGACGAAGUUCAAGCAAUGCCUUUCUAAAGCUAUGCACCUCAUGAAAAUGUACACUGUGAAUACAUUGCAGAACCUCACAAAUCAGUUGAUUAAAAGGGACCCCACAGCUGUGCCAAAUUCAGACAAUGCCUUCACUUUAUUUUACGUGAAGUUCCGAGCGGCUGCUCCCAAAGUCCGAACACUUAUUGAGCAGAUAGAGCAGCGAUCUGAGAAACUGCCCGAGUACCAGCAACUGCUGAGUGAAAUCCAUCAGUGUUACCUUGAGCAGAGGGAGCACUUGCUGGGGCCGAGUAUUACUAGUACUGUAACCGAAUUAACCAGUCGGAACAACAGAGAUCAUUGUGCUCUGGUUCGAAGUGGCUGUGCCUUUAUGGUCCACGUGUGUCAGGAUGAGCAUCAGCUUUACAAUGAGUUCUUCACAAAGCCGACACCAAAACUGGAUGGACUUUUAGAAAAGUUGUGUCUGUCCCUGUAUGAUGUCUUCAGGCCACUGAUCAUCCAUGUAAUUCACUUAGAAACAUUGUCUGAGCUCUGUGGGAUUCUGAAGAAUGAAAUGCUUGAAGAUCAUGUUCAAAACAAUGCAGAACAGCUGGUGGCUUUUGCUGCUGUGGUCGAGCAGAUGCUGGAGGACGUCCAGGAGCGCCUGGUCUACAGGACGCACAUCUACAUCCAGACAGAUAUUGUGGGCUACAAGCCGGCCCCAGGAGAUCUGGCCUAUCCCGCCAAGCUGGAGAUGAUGGAGAAAAUAGCCCAGAGCUUGAAAGAAGAGGAGAAGAAGUUGCCUGCAGAUGGUUCCUUUUCAGAUGUGAAGCUGGAAGAUCCAGAGAGCUGCAGUGUGGUGGAACCUGAUGCAUUGGGAUCCUGCCCUCCCAGAACUCUCACCACGAUUUCACCAGCUGAUCUCCAUGGAAUGUGGUACCCCACUGUCAGAAGGACACUCGUGUGUCUCUCCAAGCUUUACAGAUGCAUUGAUAGGGCUGUCUUCCAGGGACUCUCGCAGGAGGCCUUGUCGGCCUGCAUACAGUCGCUGCUGGGGGCUUCCGAGGCCAUUGGGAAAAACAAGGGCCAGGUAGACGGUCAGCUUUUCUUAAUAAAGCAUCUUUUGAUUCUUCGUGAACAAAUUGCUCCUUUCCACACUGAGUUCACCAUUAAGGAAAUUUCCCUGGACCUUAAGAAAACUAGAGAUGCUGCAUUUAAAAUCCUGAAUCCGCUGACGGUGCCGCACUUCUUUCGACUAAGUAGCAGCAAUGCCUUGAUACAGUUCUUGCUGGAGGGCACGCCGGAGAUCAAGGAGCAUUACAUUGACUCCAAGAAGGACGUGGACCGGCACCUGAAGUCCGCCUGUGAGCAGUUCAUUCAGCAACAGACGAAGCAGUUUGUGGAGCCCCUGGAGGAAUUCCUGACAAAGGUUUCUGCUUUGAAGACAAUGGCUAAAGAAGGGGGCCCGACGUAUAACCUCUUGCAGCAGCCGUGGGCUCAGCCAGCAAAGGUCGGCGACUUGGUGUCUUCAACCUACAGGACAAUAAAGAUGAAACUGCCGUCAACGUUACGGAGCAUGUCGCUGUAUUUGUCCAACAAAGACACGGAAUUCAUUUUGUUUAAGCCAGUUAGGAACAAUAUUCAGCAAGUGUUUCAGAAGCUUCACAGCCUGCUGAAAGAAGAAUUUAGUAGCGAAGACCUCCAGAUUGUCGCAUGCCCCUCAAUGGAGCAGGUGAACCUCCUCUUGUCCGUGAGCAAGUAGACAGAAUUGUGGUGCCGUCUGAACUUCCUUCCUUCCUUCCUUCCAUCCAUCCAUUGCACAGGAAAAGGAUCUGGGAAUCUGCCGAAGACCCUCUGCAGGCAGCAGGCAGUUGCCCACCUUCUGGAAGGCCAGGCCUUGUGGAAGUCUUCUUGAGCUCCCAUCGGGUGGAGCUUGUGCUGAAAACCCUCCAGUGAAAGAAGCAGGCCCCAUGCCCUGGGGAGGGUCCCAUCCAGCUGCUGAGCACAACCCUGCCUGGGAGGGAGUCCUCCCGUGGAGUGCAGACGGGGCCUGCCUGUGCCCCACCAGGCGAAGCUCUUCCAUCUCCUCAGACACAGAACUCUUCGUAAGAGAGGCCACUCAAAUGUGUCACUGCAUAUCACUGAAGGGAAAGGCACUUGAAGGUGCCAGGUCAUGCUUAGCACAUGGGCUUGUGAAAUUGCCCUCUCUUCUUUGGGUACCUGCGAGUCUUCCACAGUGUUUCCUGCAGGGUCCUGUCCUGAUGAAUGAACUCUGCCACCGGCAUCUCUGUGUGGUUUGGUAUGUGCAGGAUGUGCAGAGAAGACUGUGCAGAGUGACAGGAAAAAAGGUUGUGCAACUUGAGUGACAACCGCCAGGCAUGGCUGAGCUGGGGAAGUUCCAGUCCUUAUCUGUUCGUCUGGCGGGGGGGGGGGGGGGGGACAGGAAGGUUCCUGGGCUGAGUUGAUUUGUAGGAGUGCUGGACCCCCCUGGGUUUGAGGGUGGAGCCAAGCAGGGGGGGGUCUGCUGUGAAAGCAAGAGGAGACCUCCCUCUCUUAAGGGAGGGGCAGGGGAAUGGCCCCCGUGCCCCGGGAGGCCUUUAUCUGUUACCGGCCUGUGAAUUGCAGCCAUUCAAGCUGGACAUCUGCACAGCUCUGUCUGUCCUGACGAGUUAGCACUUCCCUAGCAGCUUGUACAAGAGUGAGACUGUUUCACACAACAGCUGACAGAUUCAUACAUUUAGGUCAUUCCUGCAUGGAAGUGCCUUGAGGAGUUAUGAAGUUCUUGAGAAUACAGAGUAAGCUCUGUUUAAACUUUUUUUGGGGGUAGGAAAACCCCCCUUCAUGUUGUUCAGGAUUCCAGUUGAGCAUGGUCGAUGUGCUUUCUGAUGGGGGAAGCGAUUGGAGUGUUCUGCAGUCUGUCAGUGGCCAAGAAUCAGGACGGUCACUGUCCAGGAACAAGCAGUCUGCUGCUUUCUGGCCUGGGUUGCUUUGGGCAGGGAGUGGCCGCCUGUCAGCUUGAGUGGGUCUCCUUGAUCCUGGGGAUCCACAAACACUUGUGCUCUUAAGUACACCUCACAGGAUAGGAAAAUCACAGGCUUUGAAAGCUCCACAGUGCACCAGGAGGAGGAGAGGCUGUGCCAGUGACAAGCAGGUCGAAGUGACAGACCAAUAAAAGCAAACUCCUGGCGACCCUUGGAUAGAGCCAGGACACUUGGGGGACAAGGGCUGCUUCCACGGAAUGGAAAUGCCAUGAGGUGAGAUGACAGUCCCAAGGAGCCUUUGGAUGUGUCCGAUGGGUCUUUUGAGUUUGCUUUUGUUGCUUCAGAAGCCACUCGCCCCCUUUAACACCACCCUGAGUGGCCUGGCCUGGGCGGAGGCUGGCUGCAGCAGACAGAACCGUGGACGGAGGAGCUACGGCUGCAAUACAAAUCUGUUUAAAUGGUUGUAAAAUAAUGUCUUGUAGUAUAUAUGUACAUCUGGCAAUUUUAUAUGGUUUUCAUACGUGAUUCUUGUCUGAGGUUAAGAUGUGAGGGCUGGAAAUCCAGCAACUGAACCCUCUCAGUUCAAAAUUAGAAUCACUUGGAAGAGAAGAUGGGGGGGGGUGAUCUUUGUACAGUGUCCUUGCUUGAAUGCAGGCUUCUUUAAAACUGUACAGUUCCAAAUAUCUACCUAUACAAAUAGUGUACAUAAUUUAAAACAGAUUAAUUUAAGAUCUUUAUAUUAUUGACUAGAGUCCUGUUUUUAAUGUGGUUUUUCUUUUUGAAAUAAAAGCUUUGAUUUCUUA